CGUGUAAAGGAGUGCUCAUACACCGUUAGAAGGGUGCAACUAGUGAAGAAACUUCACUCUCUCUCGGGUUAUAGGUCAAGAAAUACAACAAAAGCUAGAAAACUAGCUCUCUUGGCCAAGGGUUGCAAGCUCUACUCACUCAUAACUUAUUUCGGCCGGCAAAUUAACAACCAAAUCAAGGUGCUAAAUCGAAGUUUGAGGCUCGCCCUAAAUUGCCCUAGGUGGGUGCCUCAGUUGGCCAAUAAAUCUAGCUUAUAAAAAGCCUCACUCAGAGGGGGCUUCCCUCCACCUAGGUCAAUUUUGACAUGGUUAUGAGAAAUGAAGAACACAACUCAAUAUUUCUGAAAAUACCUCGUACUUUGCAUUAAAACGCUAACCCAUACACAUAACAUUCAAAUCCUUACAAUCUAUCACAUAUCUAAAGCUAGGGUUCACAACACUCAAGUGAAAAAGAGCACUACUUCAUAGCUAAACUAGGGAUUACACCAAAGAAGAGAGAAAGAACCAUGUUAUGGUGCUUGGCUUCCUCCUAUGUUGCAAAAAUCACCAUUGGAAGAUGAAAAUCUCCAAUCUUCAAGCUUGGAGCAAACCCUACCAGCCUCCUUCUUCUCUUUUGGUUCGUCUAUUUCUCUCUCUAAAAUCAGAAGAAGAAUGAAACAAUGUCUCACUAGGCUCUCUCCUUCGAGUUUUCAGCUCCAUUGAUCUUUUAUACCCAAGUCGCGCACACAUCACGGUCAAACAUGAUGGUCGUGAUCUUGAAGCUCGGACCAUGAUGUUGAGCAAAAGUGCACAGUUUCACUUACGGUCCGCCCUUUUGCCCUUUUCGUGAUCUUCGCCUUUUUGCCCUUUUCGAUCCGCUUUCGUUCAACUUUCGCUCCUAAGGCCAAUCUCACCUGCUAGAACCUGAAACAUGUUGGAGACAUGCACAACCUAGCGUAAAAUCAAACCUUAAGCGAUGUAAACGCCUCAUACACCACAAUAACUCGGUGUGAAAAUAUGUGCAAUUAGACCCGAAUCGGCCCCUAACUUUUAAUAAUGACAAAUAUGUCAUCCUUUACAAAUUUCAGUCUUCGAAAUAAAUAAAUAAAAGUAAUCAAAACAAAAUAUUCUAACAAUUUUUUUCCGUUGAAUAUAUUCUAACAAAUUGGUUCCUGAAAUUUGUGUUUGAUUCCGACUUUAAACCAUGCGAUGGCGAAAAACAUUUUGAAGUUUAAAAUUAGAAAUCGGAUGACACAUUGGCACUAUGUCGUCCCUACGACAAGAGGUAUUUUUCUCGAAAACCCUCGUAAACCAAUUGUUGAUUUCUGCCACAGUGCCGAGAGAGAGGCGAGACAUUCCAUCCGGUAGAUGUCCCCAUCCAGCAAACAAAUCGGCCAGCUCGCUCUGCUUACCUCUCCGUGUGAUUCUUCUUUCAGGGAUGCUUCCUUUUUCUCCGGAUUGUCAUCGAGGAAACUGUCGUCUAUGGAUCAGGUAAAACAAUGACGUUGCAUUGCAUGCUCUGCGCAUCUGGGGUGGUUCGCCCCUGUACUCCAUGUUGUAAUUUCUACUUUUUCUCCCUUUUCACUUUUGUGAUUUCAUGUGGUUUGUUGAUGAGAUGGUCGAAGGAAGAGGUAAAGUUCGGAUUUUGAAUAUUGGGUAUCCUUGGUCUUUAUUUAGAAUUGUGUUUUACCGCUCUGUCGUUGGAGAGUUCCCGUCCUUCUAUGUAAAUCUAUGUUCUGGAAUCAAUUCAACCUGGAUCUUCCUGCUGCUGUUCUGAUAUCUUCUGUUAUUGAAUCGGGCACCAACAUUCCAAGGAUGUUUCCUCAUUGUUUCUCACUCUUGACUCCCUGGGUUUCCUGUUCAGGUAGUGCAUCUGUUGGCCUGGUCUUUACUCUUGACGGAAUCAGGAACAAUAAUUGGACAGAAUUCUGUGUCCCUUGGUGGAAUUGUGGGUUGUUUACUGGCGUAUGCCAUCGACGAUGAGUGUGGUUGGGUUUGAUAUUGGUAAUGACAACUGUGUUAUUGCUUUAGUAAAACAACGGGGCAUUAACGUGUUGUUGAAUGAUGAAUCAAAUCGUGAAACAUCCGUUGUGGUGUGUUUUGGGGAGAAACAGAGGUUCUUUGGAUCUUCAGGUGCCUCUUCUGCUAUUAUAAACCCAAGAUCUACUGUAACACAAGUGAAUAGAUUGAUUGGAAGGAGGUUUAAGGAUCCUGAAGUUCAAAUGGACCUAAAAACAUUCCCAUUUGACACGUCAGAAGCAAAGGAUGGUGGCAUUUUGGUUAAUUUGAAAUACUUGGGUGAAACGCACUCAUUUUCCCCUGUUCAAAUCUUGGCAAUGUUAUUUUCACAUUUGAAAGAUGUGGCGGAGAAGAACCUGGAAAUGCCAGUCGUGGACUGCGUGAUAGGAAUACCAUCAUACUUCAUGAAUUUGCAGAGACGGGGAUAUUUGGAUGCUGCUAAAAUUGCAAGUUUGAAGCCUUUAAGACUGAUGCAUGACUAUGCUGCAACUGCACUUAGUUAUGGUAUCUAUAAAACUGAUUUCUCCAGAAUCGGGCCCACAUAUGUGCCAAUUAUUGACAUUGGUCACUGUGAUACUCAGGUGUCUAUUGUAUCAUUUGAAGUUGGGCAUAUGAGAAUAAUCUCACAUGAUUUUGAAAGCAACUUGGGUGGGAAGGAUUUUAAUGAGGUUUUGUUUGGUUAUUUUGCGGCUCAGUUUAAGGAGUGUUACAAUAUAGGUGUAAAUGCUAAUAUCAUGGCUUGUAUUAGGUUAAGAGCAGCAUGUGAAAAGUUGAAGAAGGUUCUAAGUGCAAACUCGGAGGCACCCUUAAACAUUGAGUGCUUGAUGGAUGAAAAGGAUGUUAAAGGUUUCAUCAAGAGGGAAGAAUUUGAGAGACUGUCGUCAGUUUUGCUGGAGAGAGUUGGUAUUCCUUGCAAGAAAGCUUUAGUCGAUGCAGCCAUCUCCGUGGGAAGUAUUCACUCGGUCGAGCUUGUGGGAUUUGGAUAUAGAAUACCAGCAAUUCUAAGUUAAUAACUUUUUUGUUUGGAAGAGAACCCAGUUGGACAUUGAAUGCAAGUGAAUGUGUGGCUCGUGGGUGUGCUCUGCAGUGUGCAAUGCUUAGUCCAGUUUUUUGUGUAAGAGAAUAUGAUGUAAGUGCUUUCAAAAUCAGCUUGAUCCCUUAUAGUUUUCCUCUUCAAAAGAAGCAUGCACUUGCUUAUAUUGGCUGUUAGUGUUGACUAUCAAAUUACUGCUCCUUCCCCCUUUUUUCUGGAUGGGGCUGUUUGCUUCUUUAAUGCCUUGGUUCCAAUGCUAUUAAAUUUUGCGUUAUUACUGUAGCCUUUGAUGUAUGCAUUUCAUAAUAGACUCUAGCCCUUGUAUUUCCCCAUGACCCACUCCGCAGACUAUCACUGUGAAUUGCAAAAGGGACUAUAUGGCAUGUUAUUUUGCUUGUAUACAUAUGUGCGUUCAACGAUAGUUCAGGAACUUCUAGCUGUGUGGUAUGCAGGUUCAAGAGUCGAAUCCUUUCUCCAUAGGGUUCUCAUCAGAUGAAGGCCCAAUUUGCACACCCUCAUCAAAUGGGAUAUUAUUUCCUAGAGGCCUAUCCAUUCCAAGUACCAAAGUCUUGACAUUUCAAAGGAGUCGUUAGUUUCACUUGGGCGCUUUCUAUGCCGAUCCAAAUGAACUUCCAGCUGGUAUGUCUUCUAGGAUAUUUACUUUUACGGUAAGCUUUCUUGUCACUAAUGUCGAGGAUAUGGGAAACUCUUUGGUCUGAAAUUAGUUCUUCUGCCUUCUCAUAAAGAUGUGGUUACUGGUCUGGACUCCCAUUGCAUACAGUUUUUGCCUUGUAUCUUUUGGUCUCAUGAUGAUAACUAUAUGCUCACUGUGUUUACCUUUUCUUUAUCCGUUAAUGAUGCACAAUUUGUGUUGUUUUCUUAUUGCAUUUUCUAAACACAUCAGCCUUUGAUUCAAUGGUUAUGAUGGUACUUUUAGGCUUCGAAAAUGCCAGAAAAAUCAUGUUGGGUUAAGGAUAUUUUAACUGUGACUGUCCAUAUUUCUACCCUUUGAAGCCUUUUUCGUGACGGCGUCCAUAUAGUUGGCAAGCCAAUUAUGGAUGGACAUUUGGGAAAUGAGAGUAUUCUACCAUCUGUGAUUGAGAUGUUAGGAUGAUGUACGAUCCAGAUAGUUAAGAAGAGGCCCCAGAACUGAUAUAUGAAUCAGUUAGUUAAGAAGAGUCUCCACACACUCCCAAGUCCCUAGGCACAUUUCUGUCUGCUUUGAAAUCUGUUUGGAGAGCGAUCAUACAGUUUUUGGGCGCUUGCCGAGGGAAGAGAUACAAGAAAGACUUCUUGUUGCUAUGUGCAUGGAUUAAGGAUCGAAGUGUCUUUAGAUGUAUGGUUUGAUGGUGGUUAAGCACAGAUAAUAUCUGUUAGUAUAACAAGCAGCCACUUUCUGAUGUCUAUUGAAGGGAUUUGUUUGAUACAUUAUGCUUUUAACUUUCUUUUCUAUGCUUUCACAUUAAAUGUUUCACCAUUGA